UGCGGCUGCGUUCCCCGAAAGACAAGGCUGCGCCCGGGUUCCGGUCCGCAGGGAGACCGAAGGGCACCGCUCCUCGCGCCUCCCGGAGCGCUGGAGUGCCGACCCCCCAGGGAUGUGAGUGCGCCCCCGACCCGAGGCCCGCCCUCCACGCCCCGACCUGCGGCCCGCGCCCGGAGGACCUCCGCCCCCAACCCCCGCGCCUUCCCGAGGCCCGCCUGGAGCAUGCUGCCUGCAGCCAUGAACGGCCUCGGCCUGGUGCUGCUGGCCGCCCUGCUGUGCUCUGCGCCCGCUCAUGGCCUGUGGUGCCAGGACUGCACCCUGACCACCAACUCGAGCCAUUGCACCCCAAAGCAGUGCCAGCCGUCGGAUACAGUGUGCGCCAGCGUCCGGAUCACCGACCCCAGUAGCAGCAGGAAGGAUCAUUCCGUGAACAAGAUGUGCGCCUCAUCCUGUGACUUCGUGAAACGACACUUCUUCUCAGACUAUCUGAUGGGCUUCAUUAACUCUGGGAUCUUAAAAGUGGAUGUGGACUGUUGCGGGGGAGACCUGUGCAACGGGGGGCCGGGGGCGGGGGGCAGCCUCUGGGCCCUGGCUGGGGGCCUCCUGCUCAGCCUCGGGCCCGCCCUCCUUGGGGCUGGGCCCUGAGGCCCUCUCCCUCCUGCAGGGCUCCGAGCUUCCUCCCUGGAGCCUGGCCCUUGCCCCUCCCUGAGCCGUGAGGCCUCCCUCUCUCCACCAGCUCUGAGUCCCGGCCAGCAGGACGCCUCUAGGAGACCCGGUGUCUGCAGGAAGCCCCGGGGGGUGAGGGCUGGGAGCUGGGACCCCCAGGUCUCCAAGGGGAAGCCAGGCAGAGCCAGGCCCAGCCCAACCGACGGCUUCGAGGGCAUAUUCCGCAGAGAAAUAAACUCACUUCUGGUCCAGAGACCUGGGUCUGAGCCUGGGUGUGGGGGUCAGGCUGGCAGAGCAGGGAGAGGGGCUCCGAGGACGUGGGCCACUGGGACUGGGGGUUUGUGGGUGUGCUGGGCAGCCUGGGGCACCUGGGGCCUGGUAGCGGAUGGGAGCGGAGGUUAGAGUGGACAGAAUCUCGGGACAGGGACACGAGGGUAAGGCCUUGUAAGCGUGUGUGAGUGCACGCGCACAUCCAUGCCUGCAGGGGUGUGCUCCGCGUCCACGCCCACUCGCACAGAUGCACACGCGAGCCCCCGCAGACGUCCACAGGUGUGCACGCUGAAACAGGGAUGUCACACCAGCGCCCGGACUGGUGUGCCCCAGCCCACACACAUGCACGUCUGUGCACACACAGGGACACGCAGACACACACGCCCUGCGUGUCCCUUCCUCUUGCUCUUUCUCUCACUCGCUCUUUCAUGGAGCCUUGCCGUGAUCAGACUCGGGGGCCCGCUCCCCAAAGAGCUGUUGGGAGCACUCUUGUGCCCAGACUCGGCCUCUUAACCAGAGACCCCUUGCCCCCACCUAGGGCACCUCCUUGGGCAGGGUCGUGAAGGCCAGCCCCUGAGCGGGGGCUGAGGCAGCCCCACGUGGGAUGGCGCAGAUGGACUGGGUGCCUCGGGCGGGAGGAGGCAGGGGAGCAACUGCAGGUAGAUCUUAGGGAUCACUUCUGGCCCUUCCUGCUCUGGUGGUGGGUCUCUGGUUUUGUCCCUGCACCCCUGGGUUCAGCCCAAUCUCCCACGCUCCCAGGCCACGUGGGUCACCCCGUGGCCCAGGCUCACCACGUGAUGUCAGCAGUCACCCCACGCUUCUCUGGGGUCUGGCCUUUAGUCAGUUCUUCCUCAUCCUUCUGUGGCUGACCCAGGCUGUGGGUGCUCCUGGGUCCUGGAUCCCUUGGCAAGAACCGUGGUUUCACUAAGAGCUGGCCGUGGCAGUCCUCCCGAGGCUCCUGUGUGUGGUUGAGGGAGAGGGACCUGGGAGUCCGGGGUGAACAAGACAGGAGAGGAGUCGCUGGAGACCAUGUCCAUUUCCUGCUGGUGGCACUGGCCAGGGACGUGUCUCCCGCUCCGUUUUAAGUUUGCUCUGCUGCCCUGCAAUGCCGCCCAAACCUCAGUAAAGUGUGCUGCCCACCGCUGUGUCUGGUGUUUGGGGGCGUGUAGGGACUGGGCACUCUCACUUAGUGCAAGUGUGAAGAGCGGCUUGAGGAUUCAGAGGCCAGAAGCUGGUGCCACCUAGGAUGCGGUUCCAUGGGGGCCCUGGAGGUUCCCAGAGGACAAGAUGCUGCCCCAUGGGUUCAAACCAACUUUCAGGUCAAUCUCUGUGUGCGAAUUUAUUACCUGAGGGAAGUAUUUAAAACACAGAAGUGGGGAGAUCCUUCCAGCUGUGCGAUUCAAGGCGAAGGGAGGCUCGGGGCAGCAUGGCCCAGAGAGCCUGCUCUGAGCUCUCCUUUCUCCACUCCCCAGCUGCCCCAUCCAAGUCUGGGUCCCCACGCCUGAGAGUGAGUGAGCCGUCUCCGCCGUGAUGAGUUGCCAUUGCGGGGUUGGACCCCACCGUCUGUGGGGCGUGCUGGGUCCGGCUGGGCACAUGGACAGCGCGAUGUGUGCCACUUGAUAAUUUCUCUGAAGAAUCCACCAAGGUCAUCCUGUCCGGAUCUACGUGGACCUUUUGUUUUCAGUGUCUGCUUAGUAUUCCUCUGCAUGAGCAAACCGCGCUUUUCUUAACCAGCCCUCACCUGAGGGCAGAGGGGCCCGCUCUCAGUCUCUGAUCGGCACUGCCGUGACCACCCUCGUCCUCAUGUCCUUAUGGAGUCCAGUGACUCUCCGUCUCAGGCGGAUUCAGGAAGUGUGCGGUUGAGCCAGAAAAACCCCAUCUCCUUGGAAGGAGCAGAUCUCCCCGAAGGAAGGCUGCGCCCGUCCCUCCUCCCGGGCCCCUCCACCCUUCCCCCAUGGAUCCCCUGGGAGCUCCCGUCAGCCUGGGAGACGAAGAGUAGGAUCUUACCCUGAUUUCCAUUGGAGAACUUAGUAGUGAGAUCGAACGUCUUACGAGUUUGUCCCGACUUAUGAGCGUCUCUUCUGUAAUUGCCGGUCGCACCCUUGGUCCGCUUUGGGCUUUUGUCUUUUCCUACAGGAGUAUAAGGCCCUCUUGUGAGGUACCAUCUUUCCUGUGGUCUGUGUUUUCCAAGUAUCUUCAUUUUUGGUGUUUUCCCAGUACAUGCGUGCACGUCCUCAAGUUCUGUGUGGUUGAAUCUAAUUGUUCUUUUAUCGUUUCUGGCUUUCAGAUCGUAGGAGAGCCUCCUCUGCCCUUAUCUUAGGAAAACAGUCUUUAUAUUCUGCUACUGUUACGGAUUUGGCUACUUCCUUCAGAUACCCGAUGCACCCGGAGUUUGUUUACCAUGCGGCAGGAGGCAGGACCUCUUUGAAAUACAUGGCCGGUGUUUGUCGAUGUUGUUCAUGAACGCACCUGUCUUUCCCCGUGACUCCAAGUGCCACCUUGGUCAUAGCGCGCAUGACACCCAUGGUGUGUGUUCUGGCCACCGCGCGUGGGCCCCACCGGGCGCUGCCCACGUUCACCAGCUGGUGAGGCAAGUCCCCUCCUUGCUCCUCUUUUGAAAAGAAGAUUGUCACUUCUUGCGAUUUAUUCUUACAGGUGAAUGCUGGAAUCCGUUUGUGCAGUUCCAGAAUAACAGUCAGGAUGUUGACUGCAGUUUCACCGGUUUGCGUGCCGCUGGGGCCGGAGGCUGUCUCCGCGGCAUGAGGGCUUCCCACUUGGAGCGCGGAGCUCCUGUCCAUCCGGCGGCCACCUGAUCGCACCCCUGUUCUGGCUCGUUCCCCCCUGUGGGUCUUGUACCUCCCUCGGCAUCUAAGCUAGGUAACCUGUAGUUUUGGUGGUUGUAACUGGGACUUCCUCCUUUUCUUUAAACCACAGUGGUCAUUUUUGGUGUGGUGAGCUGGUUUUUCAUUUUCUUCAUGCCGUUCUUUCUAGAAGUACCCACCCCCCACCUGGCCUUCAUUUAAGCAGGACGGCUGGGGGUUUGGGGGAUCAGUAGGGCAGACAACCGACGGAGCCCGUGGAUCACUGGCCUCCAUGUUUCCAAGAGCUCCCCCCUACGGUGCCACGGUCCUCUCUGAGUCGGAGGGAAUAAGUCUGCAGAGAAGCCUGUGGAAACGCUUCAUACGGGGAGGGAGAGCGGGACCUUCCUCAAACUAGGCAGAGAUGCCCCUGGGCUGAGCCGGCAGA